AGGGCGAGGCAGCUCACGACUUGGCGUGGGAGGAUUCGCCUCGGAUUGACUCCGUCAAGGAUCGCUCGCUCGCUCACCUCCCUCGCGACCACUGUCUCUCGCGAGCGAUCCUGCGAUCGCCGUCGAUCGCACCGGCGCAGGGCAGAGCGCUUCGCAGGCGGGAGGGGAGCGGAUCGAACGUUGGUUCGGAGGAAAGCGAGCGAGGACGGCUUCUUGCUGCAGGCACUUUGAUUCGGCGGCACCAUGAGCCCAGAGAGGAGCUCUUCCCGUCGGCAAGAUUCCGCAGAUCGUGACAGUGACGCCGAAGGUGAGAAGGAGUACCUGUCGCUGGUGCAGCAGCAGAGGAGGCUGCAGAGCGAGCAGCGUGUGUACAAGCGAGAAUCAACCUCCGAAAUCCGCAAGCAGAUGCAGGAGCUGUCUCGUCUGGAGGAAGAGAGAAAGUCCACUCUCCAGAAGCUGGCAGUGGCUGCCAGCCAUCGAGGAGGACAGAGGUACAGCGCGGGAAGAGUGUCCUCACUCCUGGCAAGAAACGGACAUCUCGAUGAGCAGAUUGAGCAGGAGCUGCAAAGACAGCAAAUGCUGGACGACCAGAUCGGGGCCAUGGAGAAAAACCUUGAGCGCAAGCGAGCGGCUCCAGUGAAGCAGCUCCACCUGCACAGCAAGAUUCACAACGCGAGUACGCGGCUGGACACGACGAAUACGAAGCUGGGUGAGCAGCUGACGGAGAACGGGCGACUGCGAGGGGACAUCGACACCCUGCGUUGCGAGCGCGACAAGUUCCUCGUCGUCCACAGCAAGCUCGAGAAGGAGCUCAAGGACCUGAAGAAGGAGAUGAAAGCAUCGAUGGAGGCAGCGAGCGAAGCUCACCAAUCGAGGGAGGAUGCGCAGGCCAAGCUGAGCCGCGUGCGGGAGCAGAACGAGAAGGAGGUGGAGAUGUUCCACGCGGAGUUGCGCGAGCUGCAGCUGGCGAGUGACCACGAGGGCGGGCUGCAGCGCUUCCUGCUGGAGAAGGACAAGCGGCGAGUGUCGCAAGACGAGCUGGAGCGCAGCCAACGCAAGCUGGACGAGGCGAGACGCAAGCGCUUGGAGGAGCAGCGGGAGGCGGUGGCGCGGUACGAUGCGGCGUCUCAGCAGAUCGCGGCGCUGCUGGAGGGUGACGGCUCCCCCGGCGGCGGCGGCGGUGGCGGCACCGGCAGCCCCAGAGCCGGGCGCGUGGCCAAGGGCAGCCUCGCCGAGCUGAGCGACACCGAUGUCAGGCGGCUGCAGGAACUGGCAGGGAUGAGCCGUCGCAGGUCGGUGGCCCUGCCGGCGUUCCUGCACGCGUCGGCGGGCACGGAGGCGGAGGGGUCGCGCCGGACGCACCGCCGCAUGUCGACCCUCGCCCUCGCACUCGGGCUCGACGAUGGCGAGGGCAUCCGCGAAGCGAUCCGGCGCUCCCUGGAGAAAGACGGCGGCACUGGUGAUCGGAGCGGGCAGGAGGUGGAUGGGGAACUUUUCUACUCCAAGUUUAUGGAGCGGGAAGAAAACAACUUCGCCCUCUACAACUACGUCUCGGAGCAGAGUGCGGCCAUCCAGCAGCUCAACGAUGAGAUCGACAAGCUGACGGCCGAGCUGCGCGACGGCCGGCGGAGCGAUGCGGAGCGCGACUCGCGGCUCGGGGACGAGGCGCGCCUGCUGGAGGAGCGGGCGCGAAACGCCGGCCGCGAGGCGGAGCGGCUGCGUGGCAACAAUCGGCGGCGGCGCAGGAUGGGCAGCCAGCUGCAGAGCGAGAUCAGUUCUCUUCUGAGUCACAUUGGAGGGUCUGAAGGCUCAGCUGGGCUCUGUUUUGGCCAUGGCGAGGACUUAUUGGAGCAGGUGGUGAUGACCACCCUUGGCCAUGUGGAGCAACGAGCCAACGAGCUACUGACAGCUCGUGCUUAUCAGCACUACCAGGAUGCGGACGCGGUGCCGGAGCGAGGUGGCUCCACGUGGCAACUCCUCAGCCUCCCCCCACCGACCCAGGCUGCGAACUUUGACCUUGAGCUUCCAUCCACCAAGCUCGUGAGCGGCAGCGACAGCGAGGGGGGGAGCAGCGAUGAUGAGCAACUGCUGACGGACACAGAACUCAGGGACAAGGCUUUGCAGUCUGUUCUUCGCCACGAGACAAAGGAGUGAAGAAGAGUCUAUGCACGCGAGUUACAAGGCAUUAUUACAUCCGUUCAGAAUUUUAAACCGACACGUUCUGUGUAUGACAACAACGAAAUUCGCAACAAUCAAAUGUGUGCGACACAGACUGCAAUGAGGCUUGUUGUGAUGGCCACAAAUCUUGUUGGUUUGUUAGUGGCCUUAAACGAUAAUGUGGUUACUCUUUGGUUCUUUCGGUAAAGUCACGUAGGCAUCAAAUAAAAUAAAUCACGACGUUUCGAUUGCAACACAAGCAAUCAUCAUCAGGUGGGAAAACCACGGCAAUAAUUUUUUUUUUGCUCAAGUGGGAGAGAGAGUUGCCGUGGUAAGAGGUUAUAUAGGCAAGA